GUGAGUGCCAAUGAGAACCUAGAGAAAAGGGUGGCCUGCGCUGGUUAUUUCCCAGAGUCUCCCCGCGGGAUCCGGGCGCCCUCUGCCCUCAACCAAAAUGGCCACCCCCGAGGUGACAGCGCACUGUGAAAUAUGGACGUCCUUCCGGUCCCGCUGCCCUCAGCAAAGAUGGCGGCAGUGGAGAAGCGGCGGCUGGCUGUGGCCCAGGCGGCCAAUUUCACAGGCAGCGGCCGGCCCGGGGUGUCCCGAGCAGCGGCGACGGCCGAGAGUGAGGAGGACUUCCUGCGGCAGGUCGGCGUGACGGAGAUGCUGCGCGCGGCCCUGCUGAAGGUGCUGGAGGCGCGACCCGAGGAGCCCAUCGCCUUCUUGGCGCACUACUUCGAGAACAUGGGCCUGCGGUCUCCUGCAAACGGCGGCGCCGGGGAGCCCCCGGGCCAGCUCCUCCUGCAGCAGCAGCGCCUGGGCCGCGCGCUGUGGCACCUUCGCCUGGCUCACCACUCCCAGAGGACCGCCUUCAACAACAACGUCGGCGUGGCCUACGAGUGCCUGAGCGCCAGCGGGCGCAAGAAGAAGCCGGGGCUGGACGGGCGCACGUACAGCGAGCUGCUGAAGCGCAUCUGCCGGGACGGGGAGGCCCCCGAGGAGGUGGUGGCGCCGCUGUUGCGCAAGAUCCAGUGCCGGGACCACGAGGCAGUGCCGCUGGCCGUGUUCCGUGCGGGGAUGCUCACCUGCUUCGUGCUGCUGGAGUUCGUGGCGCGCGCCGGCGCCCUUUACCGGCUGUUGGAGGACCCGGGCCUGGCCGUGGCUGACCGCCACGUGGGCCAGGCCGUGCUGGACACGCUGGAGGGGGCCCUGCAGGCCAGCGACGACACCGCGCCCGCACGCUACCUGGAGGCCAGCUCGCGCCUGGGGCCCGACAGCCUGGCGCUGGCCAUGGACCGCGCGCUGGUGGCCCGGCGGCCCAGCGCCCCCAUGACCCGGGAGGAGUUCCUGGAGAAGGCGGCCGCCCUCUUCAUCGCCAAGGUCAAGCCCGUGGGCUGAGCCCCUCCCUCGGCCGCCGCUUCCUCCACCCGGAUACCUGGGGCCCUCGGGGUCCGGCUCACCGGGGCCAGGACUGGGGUGUCCCUGCAUGCCAGGGGUGCAGGGAGCCCCCCUCACCCAGCUUCCCACCUGGAAUGAUGCCCGAGCCCCCUUCGGGGGGAGGCCAAGGGUCCCUUCCCGCCCGCCUGCCAAGGCCCCUCUCCUCAGCAGAAAUAAAAUCUGUUCCCCAGGCUGA